AUGCAACGCGUGUGUACCCGCGGUCGUUUAUCAACGCGAUUAUAUUUUCUCUUAUUAGGCAUCUCAAUGAUUAUCAUUAUUAUCUAUUCAUCUCUUUUAGCCGAAACUAUCACUGAACAAACUAUGAAUCCAACUCAACUAGCUAUUCCAUACGACGAUUUCGUUCGGAUCGAAGUUGAAUACCAUCAGAUAUGCUCGAGUGAGUUUGUUCGACCAUGGUGGUACCAAAGCUUGUCGUUCGGCAGCCAUCUCGAUGUGGUACUUAAUUUCAUUGUCAGCGCUUCUUCGUACUUUCAAACAUCAGCGUCAUUUUGUGAAUUAGCCAAUGAAACAGUCAAUAACGGAAUUGACCGAUUUCUCUCCAUCACUUUCGCUAAUGGUUAUGUUUUAUCCAAUGAUUCGUUCCCUAUACAGAUGACUUCGUCGAUAAGCUCAUUUACUGAACAGAUGAAAAAUGAGUUCAUUCAUCGGAUGUCUUUGGCGAAACUACUACUUCAUAGUAAUCAAUAUGUGAAUAAUUUGGCAUUCAGUGCAUAUUUUAGCGUCGAUCAACUUUACUUGUAUUCUGAUCUUUAUACCACAAGACUAGACACACCUCCCACAUACACCAUGACAGCGAGCAGCAACUUUAAGCAUAUUUUACAAAACAUAGUUUCAAUUUUCAAUAUGACUAUAUCUCGUNUAUUCGAAUACUGUUGA